CACGUCGUUCGUUGUUUUUAGUUUUGGCAUUACAAUACGUACGCUGCAGUCGAGGCACCGUCGCGUGAGCCGGCGCCGUCUGACACAAGGCCGUCGUAAGAGGUUUGCACAAGAGAUGACCGCCGAGGCGAGACGGUACGCCGUACCCAGCCUCAUCAAGUCGGCGUACCGGGCGUGCGACAAGAUCCAGCGGCACACGUACCGGACGGAUUACUGUACGCUUCCGCGCGUCGACAUGCAGCGCUGUUGCAAGUCGCUGUUCGAAAUCUUGAAGCUGAACACGGAAGCCGGCGGUUUCGACCCGGAAGGCGACAGGCGGUCCAUGUACCGGAAGGUGAUGCGCCGCGGCGGCAACGGCGGCCGCGGGUUUGGAGCCGUGUGCGAGAUGGCCGCCAGUUACGGGCACGUCGACUGUCUGCGGCUGGCCCACGAGAUCGGCUGCCCGUGGGACGCGUCGACGCCCUCGGUCGCGGCCCUCGGCGGACACCUGGAGUGUCUGAUGUACAUGCACGACAACUCUUGCGCGUGGGACGAACGGACGUGCAACAAAGCGGCGGGCGCGGGCAACUUGCACUGUCUCAGGUAUGCGCACGAAAACGGAUGUCCGUGGCACGAGCUCACGUGCGCCGAUGCUGCAGCGGGCGGACACCUGGACUGCCUGAAGUAUGCGCACGAAAAUGGAUGUCCGUGGGACGAACACACGUGUUUUCUGGCCGCAAUGUUGGAUCAGUUGGCGUGUCUCGUGUAUGCCCAUCAAAACGGAUGUCCCUGGGACAGGGACUACACCGACCGUUUGUUCAUCAGUCGGCGAUGUCUCGAGUACGCGUUCAACAUAGGAUGUCCGAACUUUUGGUGGACGACCAACGCCGGUUAUAAUUUAUUUAAUUAGGUGUAGGUAUUGUAAUAUUUCUUUCAUAUUUAUGUCUUGUACAUUUCAAUAGAUUGUUAUUAUAUUAAGUAAGUACUACUAUAAUACGUAAGUCUUAUUAUUUUAUCUUGAUAUAGGCAUUUUAACUAUAAUUAUAUCAACUUUUUGUGUAAAAAUAGGCAAGUGCUCUGAAUUCGCUCAUGAUUUUGAUA